UUUUUAUGCCUCAAAAAAAUUAUUAUUUGUGUUCGCAAAAUUUAUUUAAAAAAAAGUGAUUUAUGAAGUUACAUUUUAAUUAAGGAGGAUUCCAGUCACUUUGCUUUACUUUAAUAAUAUCUAUUUCUUUAAAGCAAAGUGUCUGAAACCAUGAAUACUUUUCAGACAUGCUCCAACACAUCAGAUGCAGUCCCACUCUAUCUAUCCCAACAGUUAUAUCUAAAACCGAUUGCACGUUUAAACAUUUCUGUGCAAUUACCUCAAAAAAAGAUGGGCAAAAGUAUAUCGAAUUGGGAGGUAAUGGAACAACUACGUUACAUGAUCAAACCUGAAACCUUUACACUCUUGAAAGUGACAAAUACAAAUUUAGAAUUCAUUCGAUUUGAAGCAGAGGUCGAACAUAAGUCUAAACUGCAACCGAUAGUAGAGAAAAUAAAUAAGAGAACAAUUAAAUUGAAAGAAUUUCCGGAAUUGUUAAAAAUUCGAUCUAGUGAGGCGAAAGUUCAUUUUCCGUCGAGACAUGAUUGGGAUUCUUUUUUUCGCGAAGCCAAAAACAUGAACGAAAUGAAACCUGGAGAACGGCCUGAUACGCUUCACAUUUCAAACCUGCCCAUUAAGUGGUUCGUUCCCUACCAUUUAAGCGGCGAGGAAGAUGCCAAACCAUCCGAGAGAAUGUUGUAUGCGAUCUUUGAAAAAUUCGGCACAAUACGGUGUGUUGAUAUUCCCAUAUGUGAUCCGUAUCGUAACAAAAUGAAGGCCGAGGUGUCCGGUUUACAGACCUUCACCUUUGAUGAAGCGCACUACUUCGAGGGCUACGUGCAAUUUAAAGAUUACAUCGGUUUUACAAAGGCAAUGGACGCGUUACGUGGAAUGAAACUUUUGCACAAGGAAGCCGAUGAUGAUGCAUUUGCUGUGAAUAUAGUGGUCGAUUACGACCGUACCAAGCACUUAAGCGAGGCGUCGAUACGUAGAAGGGAGAUUGUGCGAGACCGUCUAGUUAGAAAGGAUAUUUACAAAGAGGAAAAAUUGCGUAUCAAUUUAGAAGAGGAGGAAAAGACUAGGGAGGCUGAAAGGCAGAAGAAAUUGGAUGAAAAGGCUGCGAAGCAACGGAGGCGUCAGGAACGGGAAGAAAGAAGGAAGGUGCGAAUAAUGGCAAAGCUAAAGGUAGAUGGUGGAGAUCAGAUCAACGCGAAGAUUGCGAAGGAGAAGAAGAAACUAUUGAAAGUACAAAGAAAACUUGAAGCAAUUCGUCUUGUGGAAGAAUUGUUUCGACGCAUUAAGAUUAAGCACGAAAAGACUGCAACUGUGAAAAAUUUACUUAAGAACAACAAAGACGAGCUUACACGAUUGAAAACUGCAACUGAACUGGAGGUUAAUCAACGAAAAGAAAAACUCAAUUACGCCAUACAUGGUCGUGUAGUGCUGAAAAGCAUCUUGGGGGGUGCAACUGAUGACUUCAAAGAUGACAGUUCUCACUCAGAUUCUUCUAUUUCCAAAAGAUGGAGUAAUCAAGCAUCAAAAGAUGUCGGUCUUCCACAUCCCGCUGCAGUGCCUGGAACAAGUGACUGGUAUGGUUACACUCCUGUGGGAAACAAUCUAUAUCCAUUGCCAAUAACUCCAAUGUACUCAAAUACAGGAAUCAAUAACUCUUAUUAUCUUCCAUACGUUCCUCGUGGACGUGGGCUUGGAAUUUACCCAAGGCGAGGGCGCGCCCGAUUUAGGGGAGGUAACCGAGGCAGAAAUAGUUACCCGCCGGAUCUCCAACAACAGUAUUAUCGAUACUUCGAAAAAUUCCUACACGAACAUGACGACCGAGUACGCCGUUCUCAAAGUAGAUCUCGAUCUAGAUCACGCUCACGGCGAUCAAGAUCUAGAUCCCGAGGUAGAAGACCGCGCAGAUCCAGAUCACGAAGUCGAUCUUCUAGCAGAUCGCGGCGGCAUAGAUCGAGUUCUUCAUCCCACUAUGAAAGAACACCGCCCGCUAGGAAACGGUCCCGCCAGCGCAGCCGAUCGGAACGGUCGAGUACAAAGAGAAAAGAAAGAUCCAAAUCCUCAAGCUAUCGAUCGAUAGAUAGUUCCAAAUUUAUUUCCCCAAGUAGAUUAAGGUUGCCACAUUCAAGGUCACGAUCUCGAUCAUAAAUAGACGUACCUUUUUUUUUCAAAUUAUUUUAUAAUAAAAUGUUUUUUCGAAGAAAUUUAUUGUUAAAUUCUGUUAUUGAAAGUGGAAAUAGAUAUCUUUAGUUUGAACACAAUAAACAAACACAUACUUCA